UAGUGAUAAAAAUUAAUAUUUUAUGAACACUGAGUGUGAGUUUGAACUUCGAGUAGGUGGUAGUUAUUAGGUAAAUCGUAAAUAUAUAUUAUAAUUCAAAAUCUGCUAAAUUUCAUAAGUCUUUUUCUUAUAUACACAAAACUAUUUAUUAAGUUUGGUAUUUUUAAUCACGUCAUGGCUGCUGAUCAUGAGACGGUAUGUCAAAAUAUGUCAAAAGUUAAAAUUAAUGAAGAUGAUGAAGAUUCUGGAGACAGUUCUUCAUCGGAAAACAGUAGUGAAACUAGUGAAGAUUCUGUAGAAAUUGAAGUACCUUUCAAAGUUGGUAUGUGGGAUUUGAAACAGUGUGAUCCAAAACGAUGUACUGGAAGAAAAUUAAUGAGACUAGAACUGAUUGACAAACUUGGAAUGUCUGCUAUGUUUAAUGGUAUCGUUCUAACACCUGUUGCUACUGAAAGUGUUUCAGCUAAGGACAAUCAAAUUAUAGCUAAAUAUGGUGUGGCCGUAGUGGAUUGUUCUUGGGCACGACUUAAUGACACUCCAUUCCACAAGUUGCAGCAUAGAAAAGCUAAAAAAAACUUGCGAUUGUUGCCAUACCUUGUUGCUGCUAAUCCAGUGAAUUAUGGACACCCUAGUAAGCUAUCUUGUGUAGAAGCUUUAGCUGCUGCCAUGUACAUUGCUGGUUUCAAAGAAAUUGGCGAUUUGUAUAUGUCCAAAUUUAACUGGGGUCCAACAUUUACACGCCUCAAUCAAGAAUUAUUAGAUGGCUAUGCUAACUGUAAAGAUGGGAAAGAAAUUGUUGCUUUUCAAAAUCAAUAUUUAGACCAACUGGAUAAUGAUUACCAUCAUGCCAGUAGCAGUACAGAAUCAAGCAGUGAAUCUAGUGAGGAUGAUGAAGAAACAACCUCAAGAAACCGAUAGUUUAAUAUGUCAAUAUUUUAUCAUGUCUGAAUAUUUUCUAAAAUAAAGACUGAUCAAAAUAUAAAAUA